AUGGCAGGACCCAGACCAGUAGUUCUGAGUGGCCCCUCUGGAGCAGGGAAGAGCACUCUGCUGAAGAGGCUCAUGAAGGAUUAUGAAGGGGUCUUGUCUCUUUUUUUUUUCUGUACAGAGACCAAAAGGAAUCACCGUCUUGGUGAAGAUGGCAAAGAUUACCACUUUACCUCCAGGGACAAGAUGCAGGAGGGCAUCGUUAAUGGAGACUUCAUUGGGAAUGUUGAAGUCUCAGGGAACAUGUACGGAACAAGUUCAUGCCUCAAGUCUGCUAUUGAGGAUGUCCAGGCACAGAACCUCAUUUGCAUUCUCGAGGUUGACAUCCAAGGAAUGAAAAACAUCAAGGAGAUGGAUCUCAACCCCAUCUACAUCUCUAUCCAGCCCCCUUCAAUGGAGAUCCUGGAAAAGCGUCUGAGAGACAGACAGACUGAGGCAGAUGACAGUUUUGAGAAGCGUUUGGAUGCUGCAAGAACAGAUAUGGAGCUCAUAAGUAAGGAACCUGGAUUGUUUGACCUGGUCAUCAUCAAUGAUGACUUAGAUGAAGCAUACAAAAAGCUGAAAAGUGCUCUUAUGGAGGAGAUACAAAAAGUACAAGAUUCAAUGGAGUAA